AUGGACUAUCAACAACUACUCAAGGAACUGUUUUACGGAGAUGUCACUGUAGGUGCUCGUUGCCAAGGAGGACAAAUGAGGCGCUACAAAGACACUCUGGAAGACUGUCUGAAGCGUCUCCAAAUCAACACGGCGACCUGGGAGGAACUCGCACAGGACAGAUCUACGUGGAGAAGAACGGCCAAAACUGGCGCAGCAAUCCACGAAGCUAGUCCGAUUGCCGCCGCCAAGGCAAAACUGACAGCUUGCAAGCCUAACAAUCAGCGGACGCACACUGCCACCGCCCAAGCCCUCCCCACGUGUCUGCGCUGUCAGCGCAUCUUCAGUGCACGCAUUGGCUUGGUCGUAUAG